AUGGGGUUCAAAUUGAAACGCAGAAAUGAAACUAGCGUUUCGAGAAGACCAGAGGACAGAAGGUCCCAAAAUGCAUUUCAAAGACAAGGAAAGGAGGAAAUAGAUUCAGAAGAGGAUUCAGAAGAAGAAGAUUUCGCCAAGUCUAUUCAAGCGAAAAGACAAAAAAUCAACGAGCAGCUUCAAGAAGUGAAAGGGGAUCCACUUGAGUUCGAUGAACCUGAAGUGGAAGAUGAUAAAUCAAAAAAUAAAAAUCAAACUGGGUCCAAAUAUAUAAAGAAGCUUUUGGAAGCGAAGAAGCAAAGGGAAUCUGAUUAUAUAAAACAGAAAUCAAAAUUACAAGAAGAACGAGUGAGGGCCUUGGUGAAAACCAAUUCUGACUUGGAAGUUUUUGAAAGUGCCGAGUAUAAAUUGCAAAAAGAUCAGAUCCAUAGUGAGGAAGAAAAUGAAGAUAAUGAUACUGGAUCGAGUUUUUAUGCAAACUUAUUAAACCGUAGAGGUGGUAGUAGUAACGAGGAGGAUCCGGAGUCAAUCAACGGGGAGAUAUUGAAUACAGAAGCGGAAACUGCUUCAACUGGAACAAAGCCAAUUGCUGGAAAGGUGAAGAAGCAUUUUACAGAGUUUCAGAAUCCACAAACUCAACUUUUAAAUAGAUUAAAGGAGUUAUGUGAGACUAAAAUCACCGAAUCAAACCUAAAAGACUACAAGAAAAGAUAUUGGCAAAGACGUAAGCAAUCAGAGUCCGAAUAUAAAUGA